UCGGGUCGCCAUGGUAACAAAGAUGGCGGCCGCAUGAACCUAGAAAAGUGGCAUCUCCGCAAGUUCCAUUUUGUAGUCAAAGAUAUAUCUUACUUCUUGUUUUUUAAGGAUUCUUAAGUGGAUUGUGAGAUGCCUGGGAAGAAGAAGUCGAAGAAGAAGUCUGCCCGGGAGGAGUCUGCGUCCCCGAGGGAGCCAGAGGACCCGAUCGCCGCCAACGUCCGGGUCCCACCGCCGCCCAGACCCGGCGAGAGCCUGCGAGCACUGCUACUGAACAGACAAGUAGAUGAGAAGGAGCUACUGGGGAUGAAGAUCUCCUCCAGAGUCUUGGAACAACUCACUCCUCAGGAGAUCAGGGAACUCAAGAUGGUGUUCGACGUCUUCGACACAAACAGCUCUGGCACUGUGGAUGCCCAGAAGCUGAGGAGAGCCUUCAGAGUUCUUGGGUUUAAAAUGUCCAAAGAGGACGUCCGUGAAAUGAUGUUUAACGUCACCAAAAAGGCAAAAGGAGAGAUUGACUUCAAUGAGUUCCUGGAGAUGGUGAUAGAGAGACAAGGAGACUCCAGAGACAUCUAUGAGGAAAUUAAACAAGGUUUCAAGAUGAUGGACUAUGAUGACACAGGGAAGAUCACUGUCAGUAACCUUAAGCAGGCCUGUAAGGAUGCUGGCAUCAGGUUCACUGAUCGAGAGAUCCAUGAGAUGGUCGAGGAGGCUGACAUGAACGGUGAUAACGCUGUGGACGAGGAGGAAUUCAUCAACAUCAUGCUCAAGACAAACCUCUUCUGAUUGGUGAAGAGUGUACUGCACACCAACUGAAGUCUUUUGUGAUUGGUGGAUUUGAGAACAUUCAUCAAUCUGAUUGGCUACAAAGGAUACUUGAAACUGUACUAAAGUCUUAUGUGAUUGGUGGACUCUAGAACGUUCAUCAAUCUGGCUGCAGUACUGGCACGGAACAAUAUGAUGAUGAUCAAUCUGAUUGGCUACAAAUGAUAUUUUAAACUGUACUGAGGUCUUCUGUGAUUGGUGGAUUCGAGAACAUUCAUCAAUCUGAUUGGCUACAAAGGAUACUUGACUGCAUACCUGACAGAAGAUACCAAAGCUAUAGUUUCAAAACUGCAGGACUUUCAGAAGACUACAAAGAAGGAUCUUACGAGGACUAUCAUACAGGAAACAUGCUGGCCAUGUAAAGGAAACUCAUGAGAAGGGGAAAAACUGUGAUAUUGCACAGCAGGGAAGUUUGUACUGGUCAGGUACUGGCAGACUUAGCAUUAUUUAAGUCCUGUACCUGCUAGAAGCCCGCAAUGAAAAAGACCUAAUCCAUCAAUUUGUGGAUACUUACAGUUGUGGCCAUAGAUGAUUUCAAAGUGGACUGUAAAAGAAAGGUGUUUGUUGACUGUAGAUGGAGAGAUUACUAUUACUACAAGCAAGGACGUUAUUUUUGCUACAAGCUACAUAUAUUUUAUGAGUCAAUAGUUUUUGUCAAAGCAACUGAGUAUUCUUCCAUUUUUGUGUCAUUGGUGUAAAUAUGAACAAUAAAAAAAUGAAGAGCUAUGGUUGA